AUGUUUUAAUAAAAUUCAUUCUCUAAGAUAAUCCCACUCUUAGAUAAGACACGUCAUAAAGGAUAAAAUGGGAAGAUUGCUAGUAUAGGUGGAUCAUUUGAAUAUACAGGUGCUCCAUAUUAUGCAGCCAUUUCUUCAUUAAAAGGAGGAGGAGAUUUAGCAUACAUUUAUUGUACAAAAUCAGCUGCAAUUCCUAUAAAAAGUUAUAGUCCUGAAUGCAUAGUAUAUCCUUAUCUAUUAGAAGAUGGUGAAGAAUAAGAAUUAGAGAAUACUAUUAAUAAAUUAUUGUCUUCUACUUAGAUUAUGCAUUCAUUAGUAAUUGGUCCAGGAUUAGGAAGAGGACAAAUAAUCAGCAAAAUUUUGGAAGAACUAUUCAAAUAAAAUAAUAGUAUCAAAAUAUUGGAUGCUGAUGCAUUAUGGCAUAUAUCUUAGAAGCAGAAUAAAUUGAUUUAAAUCAUCUAAGAAAAGAGUAAUCAAUUUAUAUUAACUCCAAAUGCUAUGGAAAUAAAGAGAUUGUUAGAAUAUUUUGAUAUUGAAUAUUUUAAGCCUGAUUAUGAUUCCAUUAAUGUAUUAAAUGAUCAAGAUGUAAAUUAUAAAUAAAUUGGAAUUGAUAAUGGAUAUCCAGGAUUAAUGGCUGAAUUGAGUAGAAAAUUAAAUAAUGUCAUAAUUGUAUCUAAGGGAUAGAAUGAUAUAAUAACAAAUGGAAAAGUUGGAUAUGCAGUUUAUAUAGAAGGUUCUAAAAAGAGAUGUGGAGGUUAAGGUGAUAUAUUGAGUGGUUUAAUUGGACUCUAUUCUUAUUGGUCUUAAGAUUAGAAGGUAGACAAGAUUGAGGGAUGUAUUUUAGGAAGUGUAGUAACUAGAAAAGCAGCAAAGAUGGCAUCAAAUAAAGAGUAUUAUUCAUUGACAACUCCUAAGAUUAUUGAUCAUAUUGGAGAUGCUCUUUAUUCAUUUGUUUCAGAUUAGUGAUUAAUAAUGUGUUUUAUUAUAUAUUAUUUACAAAAAUGGAGAGUUUUGAUGAUAUGGUUGAUAUGGAAGUAAUAAAUGAUUAAGAGUUAUUGGUUAAUCUUAAAAAGCGAUAUUAAUUAAAAAAAAUAUUCACCUAUGUUGGACCUACAUUAUUGGUCAUAAAUCCAUUUGAGGCAUGUCCACACUUAAUCAAUCUAGAAGUUAAGAACAAAUAUAUUUAAUCAGCUAUCAAUAAGGAAAAUAGGAGUACUCAACCUCCACAUAUGUAUGCAAUAGGUGCUGAAGCAAUUAAGUGUUUAUUUGAAAAUUAAAAAAAUUAAGCAAUCAUCAUAUCUGGAGAAAGUGGUGCAGGUAAAACAGAAAAUGCAAAAUCAUGCAUGAAUUUAAUUACUAGUGUGAAAUUUGACACCCCAAGAUAAUCAUAAGAGAAAAAAAAUAGUAUUAAUAAAUUUGCCAUUGAAGAUCGAGUAAAUCUAUUUAAUUUUAUUAUAGAUUUUAUCUUGCAAUCCAAUUUUAGAAGCAUAUGGUAAUGCUAAGACAUUAAGAAAUAAUAAUUCAAGUAGAUUUGGAAAAUAUACUAAAAUUUAUAUCUCAAAAAAAGAUAAGAAAAUAAAAGGAGCUCAAAUAUAUAAUUAUUUAUUAGAGAAAAGUAGAAUAUGUUUAUAAGGAAAGGGUGAGAGAAAUUUUCAUAUAUUUUAUCAUAUUUUGAAAGGAAUGCCUAUUAAUGAAUUAUAAUAAUUAUUUUUAAGUGAAAAUGAUUAACCAAUCUAAUUGAAUAAGAUAUCAUAUAUUAAUACAAUAUAAGAUGUAGAUGGAAUAGAUGAUAAGAAAUUAUAUGAUGAAGUUAUUCAAUCAUAUAAUUUAUUAGGUUUAGAAUCUGAUAAAUCAAAUAUUCAUUAAAUAGUAGCAGCUGUAUUGCAUUUAGGAGAUUUACAAUUUGAUGAUGCAACACUUACUGAUGAUGUACCUUGUAAAAUAGUUACUGAAAAUAAGUUGGAAUAUUUGUCAAAAUUAUUAUAAUUAAGUAUCAAAGAAAUAAGUGAAGCUUUGAUACUUAAAUAAAGAAUUAUAAAUAAAUAGAAGAUUGUUUCACCUGUUUCUUAUAAUUAGUGUAUCUAAAAUAGAGAUUCAUGGGCUAAAGAAUUAUUUGAAAGAUUAUUUAAUUGGCUUGUUUGUAAAUUGAAUUAAAAUAUCUUACCAGAAGAGGAAUUUGAUGUAAGUAACAAUAAUACCUAUAUUGGAUUAUUAGAUAUAUAUGGAUUUGAAGUAUUUGAUAAAAAUGGAUUUGAGUAAUUAAUAAUCAAUUAUACAAAUGAGAGACUUCAUUAAUUAUAUAUUCAAUAUGUAUUUAAAGGUGAAGAAAUUGUAUUUAAAGAAGAAGGACUUGAUAAAUUUUGUUAGCAUAUCAAAUAUAAAGAUAAUUAAGCAUUAAUAGAUUGUUUAGACAAACCUCCUUUAGGCAUUUUUGAUAUUCUAGAUGAAGUAUGUUAAGUAGCUGGAGAUGAUGAUUUAUUAAUUAGUAAUAUUAGAAAAAAGUAAAAGGAUCCUAAAUAUGUAUUAUAACCUAAAAUGCCUUCAACUUAAUCUUUCAUUAUUGUUCAUACUGCCAGAAAUGUAGAAUAUUUAAUCUCUGGAUUUAGAGAAAAAAAUGUUGAUGAAAUCAGUGUCUUAACAGCAUUUUAUAGUUAAUAGAGUGGUAAUCCUUUGAUUUCAAAAUUAUUUACUGUUGAAGAUAAAUAAACAUAAACAGUUACUAAGAAAGAUAAAAGUUUAUCUAAGAAAAUAAGAACUUAAAUGAAUGAUUUAAUGAAAGAAUUAACUAAUAAUUGUGAUGUUCAUUUUGUAAGAUGUAUUAAACCAAAUGAUCUUAAAAAACCAUAAUUAUUGGAAGAUGAUUAUGCUUUACAAUAAAUAAGAUAUUUAGGUGUUUUAGAUAGUUUAAAAGUAAGGAAAUAAAACUAUCCUUUUAGAAGAUUACAUAAAUAAUUCUAUAAACAAUUUGGUGAAAUGACAUCCAAUCCUCUAUUUAAUAUUUUAGAAUAAUAAUCUGCUGAUUUUAGAGAACUAAAUUUGUAAUUGUUUCAAUAAUACUAUCCUAAACUUGGACCUGAAUUAGUUCUAUUUGGAUAGAAAAGAAUAUUCAUAAGAAUUGAAGGCAUGGAUAUAAUCUAAUAAGUAUUUACUGAAAUUAUGGAAAAAAAGAGUAAAAUUGCUUUAAAAAUCUAAUAUAAUUGGCAUAAGUACUUGAUUAAAAAGAAUUUGAAAAGAAUACACAUACAUUAUCAAAAGAUUAAAUUAUGCAAUUGGAGAAAGGCUUUAAAGGCCUUUCAGGAUCUUUAUUAUUAUUAAUUAAGACAAUCAAAAAUGAAGUUAUAUCAAAAUUAAUUGGAUAAGAUAUUACAAUAUGUAUAUAGAUUAUAAGCAAUUACUAAUUUUGAUCUAAUAAUGAAACAUAUCAUUUUUAUACAAAGAUAGAUAAAAUAGUGGUUAUUUUUUAAAAGAAUAAGAAAAUUAAGAUUAGUUAAAUUCAAUAUAAAUUAUAUCAUAGAAAAUAGUUGGCAAUUUAUAAGAUUGAAAAAAGUAUUGGUAAUAUAGAGUUUUUUUAGAGGAGCAAGAGUUAGAAGGAUUCAUAAGAAUGUAGUUGUAAGGUCUAAAUAAGCUAGGAUGAAUAAAAGAAAUGAAUUAGCUGCAAUAAGAAUUUAAAAGUGGAUAAAAGGAAUACAAGUUAGAGAACACAUAAGAAAAUUGAAUAAGGCUGCUUUUAAAAUACAAGGUUUUGUGAAAAUGAAAUGGUUAUCUAAAACUUUUAAAUAAAUAAGGAUUAGUACAAAGAAGAUCUAAAAAUUAAUUAGAAGAUAUUUAAUAAAAUAAAGGGCAAAAAAUAUUAAAAAAGAAUAAUAUUUUAAACCAUUAGAGGAAUAAUUAAAUGAAACUGUAAGGAUUGAAGAAAAUGAUUUAUUUGGAAAUAAUUUAAAUUCAUUAAGUUUUGAUUAAAUACUAAAUUAAGAUGAUGAUUAAUUUAGAGAUAAAGGACAAUUAUUUGAUAUCUUAGUGGAUUUAGAAUUAUUAUCUGAUGUUGGUUGUUAUUAGCCAUCUUUCAGUUCUAAUUAUAAAUAAUUAUUUUAAUAAGGUUAUAAAAAUGAAAAUAUCAUAUAAAGUGUAAGAGUAGGUAGUUUUCAUAGUAUUGCAUCAACGAGUUUAAAUAAAUUAUACACUUGGGGAUUAAAUAAUGAAGGUUAAUUAGGAUAAGGGAGAUUGAGUGAUAUUCCAUAAUAACCUUAAUAACUUACUCUUAAUGUAGUUAUGGAUUAAAUAGAAUGUACUGAUUUCAAUAGUUAUGUUAAAUGUUAAGAUGGAAAACUUAUUAUAUGGGGAGCUUAAUGUGAAACAAUUAGUUAUGUUGACAUAUAACCAGUAAAAUAGAUAUAAUGUAGAUUUGAUAGAACUUACAUUAUAAAUAAUUAAGGUAUGGUUUAAUAUUGGGAUAGUGAUCAUGUAAUAUAAAAUAUUGCAACCAAUUCUCCCAUUUCAUAAGUGUCUGUUGGAUUAAAUUUUAUAGCUUUGCUUAAUAAUCAAGGAUAAGUUUUUGUGAAAGGAACUAAUGAACAUGGUUAAUUGGGUUUGGGAGAUAUUUUAUUUAGAGAAUAAUUAAUUUAAAUUAAAAUUCCUUACAAAGCAAAUUUAAUUAGCUGUGGUUUAAAACAUCUUAGCAUUUAAUGUUGUAAUGGUAAAGCUUUUGUAUGUGGUUGGAAUCAAUAAGGACAAUUGGGAUUGGGAGAUUUCUAAGAUAGAUAUAAUUUAGUGUAAUUAAAAUAUGAGACUUAAUAAAUUUGUUGUAGUAGAACAUCUACAAUGAUAUUGUUAGAGAAUAAAUAAGUUUUUUGGUGUGGUAGUAAUGGUAAUUUAAAAUUCUAGAAUGAAUUCGUUUAAUUGGCCAAGAAAGUAUGAAUUUAGUUAUAAUAUAAAAGAUGAAGUAUAUUUAAAAAUUAAAUCCAGUGAGAAUUCAAUGUUCAUAUUCAAAAGUUAUUAGCCUAAUAAAUAUAACAUAUAUUAAGAUGGAAAAGAUCAAAUAACCAGAGAAACUUAAAGGAAUAUUGGGAACAUUAACUCAAAAAUGGGUUGAGAAUAAUAUUAAUUCUAUAGAUCCUCCUAUGAUAGAGAGUGUAUCAAAUUAUUUAAUGCAUUAUCAUAUGAAAAAGUGUAGCUCUAAUAACUCUUAAAUUGUAAUAAAUAAAGUUUGUAGGAAAUGA